AUGGUUUUUAGUCAUCCAUCCUCAGCGAUUUCAAUCCAAUUUCUACUUGUUUGUUUAUCGAUAUCAGAGAUGGAGACUACUACUACCUCUUCGACUAAUUCUACUACAAGAAGACCAAUUCUAUUGAUUCAUGGAGGUGCUGGUACGAUCAGUAAAUCGGUGAUCACCGAGAAACAAGCAAAUCAAUUUCAAAGCUCAUUAGAAAGGAUCUUGACCUCUGCCUAUCAAGUAUUGCUUAAAGAUGGUGGUAAUGCAUUGGACGCAGUAACUGAAGCUGUUCGUUUACUAGAAGAAGACCCUCUUUACAAUGCUGGAAAGGGAUCGGUAUUUACAUCUGCUGGUACCCAUGAAAUGGAUGCAUCGAUUAUGGAUGGUAGAGAUCUGAAAGCUGGUGCUGUUGGUGGUGUUGGAAUUAUACGUAACCCCGUCUUGGCUGCUCGUGCCAUCAUGGAAAAGACACCUCAUGUUAUGAUGAUUGGUAAAGGUGCUGAAGAUUUUAUAAGAGACAAGGCACCAGAGAUUGAAUUGGUUGACCCUUCAUUCUUUUUCACAGAGCAUCGCUACAAUCAAUUACUCAAUGUACAAAAAGAAAACAAACAUUCAAUAGUAUUAGAUCAUUCGUCUAAUCCAAUCAAAGUAAAAGAAGAAGAAGAAAAGGAAUUAAAAGAAGAAGAUAAAGGAUACUUGAGCGAAAAGAAAUUUGGUACAGUUGGUGCUGUUGCUUUAGAUAUAAAUGGAAAUCUAGCAGCUGCAACAAGUACAGGAGGAAUGACAAAUAAAUUAGUUGGAAGAGUUGGAGAUUCACCGAUUGUUGGAAGCGGUGUUUAUGCAAACAACAAGACUGUGGCAGUGUCUACUACUGGAACAGGCGAGAUGUUUAUUCGUAGUGUUGCUUCAUAUACCGUAUCGGCAAUGAUGGAAUUUGGAGGUUAUUCUUUGGAAAAGGCUGCUCAUGAAACUAUAUUCACCAAACUCACUGAAAUCGAUGGUGAUGGCGGUCUCAUUGCCAUCGACAGAGAUGGUAACUUCACAAUGCCAUUCAACACGGAAGGCAUGUACAGAGGAUACAUUCAAGAAAAAGAUAAACCAAACGCUUUUCUUUAUGGUCCAAAUGAAUCAAAUUUAAAUAAAUAA